GUGAACUCUUGGAGUGGAUCAAUUGAGAUUGGAGUAACAGCAUUGGACCCAGGUGUACUGGACUUCCCAAGUAGCGCCACAGGACUGAAGGGGGGCUCUUGGGUAGUGUCUGGGUGCUCGGUGCUUCGGGAUGGGCGUUCAGUGCUGGAAGAGUAUGGGCAGGACCUGGACCAGCUGGGUGAGGGGGACCGUGUGGGUGUGGAGCGCACAGCUGCUGGUGAGCUUCGACUCUGGGUCAAUGGGCGGGACUGUGGUGUUGCUGCUACUGGCCUUCCCUCCCGAGUCUGGGCGGUGGUCGAUCUCUAUGGCAAGUGCACUCAGAUCACCGUGCUGCCCCCCGAGCCUGGUCUUGGUACCCCUACACCUCCCCCUGCCCCUGCCUUGCCCCCUGGGGACACUUCUGCUGAGCAGGGGGCCUCCGGAGAUGAAGGUUUCUCAGGCAUGGAACUUUCAGAAGUAGUGAGUAAUGCCAUCCUGUCUGCUUACAAUGGUGGACUCCUGAGUGUCAGCCUUGGCUCCCCACCUGCAGAAGGGCCAGGAUCUGGUGCUGGUGGGAGUGGACUCCCUGCCCCAACACCCCUCACCUCUAAUGAUGCCCUGCUCUUUCAUGAGAAGUGUGGAACCCUCAUCAAACUUAGCAACAAUAACAAGACAGCUGAACGUCGACGGCCUCUAGAUGAGUUCAACAAUGGAGUAGUGAUGACAAAUCGCCCACUACGUGACAAUGAGAUGUUCGAGAUUCGAAUUGACAAGCUGGUGGAUAAAUGGUCAGGCUCCAUAGAAAUUGGAGUGACAACCCAUAAUCCAAACAGCCUGGAAUAUCCUGCAACUAUGACCAAUCUUCGCUCAGGCACCAUCAUGAUGAGCGGCUGUGGGAUCCUGACCAAUGGCAAAGGGACACGCAGGGAAUACUGUGAGUUCAGCCUGGAUGAGCUACAGGAAGGGGACCACAUUGGUCUCACCAGAAAAGCCAGCUCUGCACUACACUUCUUCAUCAAUGGAAUCGACCAGGGUGUGGCAACUUCAGUGACACCCCCAGUGGUAUAUGGUGUGGUAGACUUGUAUGGGAUGGCAGUGAAGGUGACUAUUGUCCACAACCACAACCACAGCGACCGUCUUCGACGAAACAAUGCUAUCCUUCGGGCCCUGUCUCCUGAGGGUGCCCAUCGAAGGCCGCCUCCUGGCCUUGCCCACUCUGAGCCUGAUCGCCUGCUCUUCCACCCCAACUGUGGACAGAAGGCAGCAAUCACCCAUGAAGGACGAACUGCUCUUCGACCACAUGCCACAGAUGACUUCAAUCAUGGUGUGGUGUUGAGCAGCCGGGCUCUUCGGGAUGGAGAGCUGUUCCAGGUUCGAAUUGACAAAAUGGUGGACAAGUGGGCAGGUUCAAUUGAAAUUGGGGUCACCACCCACAAUCCAGCUUAUCUGCAGCUGCCUUCUACUAUGACCAACUUGCGUUCAGGAACUUGGAUGAUGACCGGGAAUGGGGUGAUGCACAAUGGGACAACCAUCUUGGACGAGUAUGGUCACAACCUUGACCGACUCAAGGCAGGGGACACAGUGGGUGUAGUACGGCGAGAGGAUGGCACCCUCCACUUCUUUGUCAAUGGGGUGGCCCAAGGCCCUGCAGCAUGGAAUGUGCCCCCGGGGGUUUAUGCUGUAGUUGAUCUUUAUGGCCAGGCUGCACAAGCCACCAUUGUGGAUGACUCUGAGCUGUUGCCGCUGCCAGAUGACAUUUCUGAAGGAAAUAAUCAGCUGUCACCAAGUUCCCCUUCAUCCGGGGCAGGAGCCACUGAUCUUCGAUUUCACCAGCUUCAUGGCAGCAAUGCUGUCAUUACUAAUGGGGGCCGAACAGCUCUCAGGCACAACUGUCGAAGUGAAUUCAAUGAUGCCAUCGUCAUCUCCAACCGGGCCCUUCGAGAUGGAGAACUCUUUGAGAUUGUUAUUCAGAAGAUGGUUGAUCGUUGGUCAGGGUCUAUUGAGGCUGGAGUGACUGCCAUACGGCCGGAAGACCUGGAGUUCCCCAACACGAUGACUGACAUUGACUAUGACACGUGGAUGCUGAGUGGCACAGCUAUCAUGCAGGAUGGAAACACCAUGCGAAACAACUAUGGCUGUGACCUGGAUUCUCUAGGCACUGGCUCUCGGAUUGGCAUGAUGCGUACUGCUAAGGGUGACCUGCAUUACUUCAUCAAUGGCCAAGACCAAGGGCCUGCCUGUUCUGGCCUCCCUGCUGGGAAAGAGGUGUAUGCUGUGGUGGAUCUCUACGGCCAGUGUGUCCAGGUCUCCAUUACCAGUGCUACAGGCCCUAUGGAUAACAGCCUGUCAACCAGCAAUGCCACUGAGAAAUCUUUCCCUCUUCAUUCCCCAGUGGCAGGUGUGGCUCACCGAUUCCACAGCAGCUGUGGGAAAAAUGUAACAUUUGGAGAAGAUGGUACUCGGGCCAUGAGGGUAGCUGGCUAUGCUCAUGGCUUAGUCUUCAGCAUGAAGGAGCUCAGGACUGAUGAGGUCUUUGAGGUGCAAGUGGAAGAGCUGGAUGAGAAGUGGGCGGGUUCAUUCAAAGUAGGGCUGACAACACUUCUACCAGGGGACUUGGGGCCUGGGGGAGGGAAUGGGGCAGGGCCAGGGCUGCCCACCUCACUACCGGAGCUACGGUCCAAGACAACGUGGAUGGUUUCUGGCUGUGAGGUGAGACGUAAUGGACAGCUUCAGCGGAUGAACUAUGGACGAAAUCUGGAGAGGCUGGGGGUGGGAAGCCGUGUGGGAAUACGUAGAGGGGCAGAUGACACGAUGCAUAUUCUGGUGGAUGGUGAGGACAUGGGGCCUGCAGCCACUGGCAUUGCCAAGAAUGUGUGGGUGGUGCUGGACCUGUACGGUCGGGUGAAGGUCAUCUCCAUUGUCAGCUCCUCAAUGCUAGAGGAGAUUGAAGGCACCAAGCCCCCUUCCCUCAGCUCAGAUACUGGCAGUGAGGGUGAAGAAGAUGAGGAUGAUGAAGAACCAGGCACCAUGCAGGGUGAGAAUGAAGCUGCAGUCACCCCUGCAGCCCUUGAGUUCCUGGAGAAUCAUGGGAAGAACAUCCUCUUGUCCAAUGGGAACCUGACAGCCACACGGGUGGCCAGCUACAACCAGGGCAUAGUUGUAAUAAACCGGCCCUUGGUUCCUCAGCGACUGGUCCAGGUGCGUCUGGACUUCCUGAACCGGCAGUGGACUUCAUCCCUGGCCCUAGGAGUCAUUGCCUGCCCCCCUGAGCGGCUCAACUUCCCAGCUUCAGCUUGUGCCCUCAAACGGGCCGCCUGGCUACUUCGGGGCCAGGGUAUCUUCCAUAAUGGCCUCAAGAUCUGCGAGAAGUAUGGGCCAAACCUGGACACGUGCCCAGAAGGCACGGUGCUGGGGCUGAGGUUGGACGGGUCUGGGGGGCUGCACCUCUAUGUCAAUGGUGUGGACCAGGGUGUGGCUGUGGCUGAGGUGCCCCAGCCUUGCCAUGCCCUAGUGGACCUCUAUGGCCAGUGUGAGCAGGUGACAAUUGUGAGCCUUGAGACGGGAGCAGCCAAUGGGGAGGGAGCUGGAAUCCAAGGGGACAUGGAGAAGGCUGACGUGGUGGAUGGCAUCAAGGAGAGUGUGUGUUGGGCUCCACCUCCAGAUGCCAGUCCUUUAAAGAGCUGUGAAUACCAUGCCCUCUGCUCUCGAUUCCAGGAGUUGCUGCUGCUGCCAGAGGAUUACUUUGUCCCACCCCCCAAGCGAAGCCUGUGCUACUGUGAGUCCUGUCGGAAACUUCGGGGAGAUGAGGCACAUCGGCGUCGGGGGGAGCCACCACAAGAGUAUGCCUUGCCCUUUGGCUGGUGCCGCUUCAACCUCAGGCAUGUGGCUUGGGAUGGGAGAGGUGGAACCCAGGGCAGCCUUGGACUCAGUGCCCAGAGAGGGCAGAGAGAGUUUGCUUUUAGCCUUCAUUAUUAUGUCUAAAAAAUAUCAUUUCAGUAGGAUAUAUAAUUUCCUAUUCAAGGAAGUGGCAUCAAAAUCAAAAUUUGCAAGAGGUGUGCUUUUUUUUUUCUUUUUUUGCUGCUCUCUCCCUAGUCCCCCUUUGUCCUCCUAACCAUCCUUCCCCACCCCACUGGAA